GAACCACAUUUUUCUACAUGUCUGUAACAACAAACACAUUGAGUAUUAUAAGAGCCCAUUUAUGAAGAUGUAUGGGAGGUUUGAUGUUUUUGGUUUGAUGAACUAAAUGAUGAACAAAUGUUGUGGGGUGUGGUUAUUUUCUACCCCACAUCAUAGGUAGGCUACAAUGAACAUUACUCUCAAAUUAUUAUAUCUUUGAGAGAUAUUCCAAACUUAACGUUUAGACAAAUAGCCCACACCAAUUACUAUUAUGGACUAGGCUGUGGAAAAUGCCAUCAUGGCAAAAACCAAUCAUAAUUAGGACAUAGACCAUCUCAUAUUUGUUUUCUUAGCAUCUGAAAAGUAAUCCCAUGAUUUAUAAUUGAUGUCAUUUCAUGUUUAAAUUUUAUUGAGGGUUUGUGUAAAACGUAAAAAAUGUGUCCUAUCUGAGAUGAGAAUGACGUCAUGGGGAGAAGAGUUAACCCUGUCGUUCCACUGUUUGUAUCGAACUCCAUUCCGUAAUUUGCUGAUCACUUUAACCUCCACAACGUUUCUGCUCUCCUUUUCUUCCUUCUCCUCUUCGUCUUUUAACUCUAACCAGACCUCGGACCUUCAACGAGUCACUAAGUGAAAAACUGUGUCAAAUAAGUUUUAAGACAGUCGCGCAUUUUCUCUGAAAGUUUAUUGGCUACAUUUUGUUUUUAUUCUGGGAGUUGAGUUGCUUUUGAUGUUACUUUUCCAUUGCAAUUUUUUGUACAACCUUUCUCAUUAUUAUCAUUCACCUUCGAAUAACUUUUCAAUAAUAAUAUCUAGAGCUAAGCCUUUGAAGAGGGAGUUUAUGCUGUUUUUUUGUUGUUUUUUAAAACUUUAUCUAAGGUGAAAAAUCGAGGCAUUUAAAGACCCACCCGUCAAACGUGACAGCUACCAGGUAGGCAACUGCUGGACAGGCGAGACCAGACCAUGUCUCCUCUCACACCUCCUCCCCUGCUGUGGUUAUGGCUGACCCCUAUCUGUCCCUCUGGGUAGCUGGGAAAGAUGCCGUAUCGCCAACAACCAAUCUCAUCCAGCAGGCCAACCAGGAGACUGACAGGACAGGAUGGACUAGACUAGCAUCUAGAAGUAACGUACGCCUCAGCCCUUCUCAGCUCUUCUCAGCUCUUACAACAACUACCUUCCCAACUCCAGAACUCCCAUUAGACUACACUACUCUGUGUUGCUGCUGUUCUGUUUUUAUCCCUCACAUUGCUACCAGGACUGCAGCUAGGCUUUAGACUGGACUGUCUGUCAGCAUGCACAGGGCCAAGGGAGGGCCUGGCCCCCCACCCUUCCAGGACAUCUAUGAAUUCUCCAUGGACAGUGACGAGACCGGGACCCAGAUCUUUCUGCGUGGCCCGAGGGUAGCCAUGGAGGGCCCAGGGGUGCGCCUCUCCCCUCACUCCGAGUAUAUCCAGACUGAGCACCAGCAGGGCGGUCUCUUCUCCCUUGGGCCCCCCGCCCAUGGAGUGCCCCACGCGGCCCCACAGGGUAAGAAGAGGAGGCGGUGUGGCGUGUGUGCCCCCUGUAUGCAGAAGGAGAACUGUGGCACCUGCAGCAACUGUAUGAACCGUAAGAUUGGGAAGCAGAUCUGUAAGCUGCGUAAAUGUGACCAGCUGAAGAAGAAGGGACAGAAGGACUGGGAGGUGGGACAUAUUGAGGACAACAGUAAAGCCUGGUCUGUAAAGCCCAAUCUGGCACCAGAGACUGCUUCGGACACUGGUUCAGUGGAUGGCCCCAGAAGAGGAGACCAGAUGGAAACUGGGUCACAUGACCGCCGCGAGGAAGGCGGUUCGUUGAGCCUGGAACCGACCAAUGGGGUGAGCCGGCAACCCAGUGACACCCAUGAGGAGGGUGGAGCCGGCCUGGAGCCCCAGAGGGAGCCCCAUCGGUCAGGGAGUGUUCCCCCAAGACAGGGUUGGGUACCUGGGCAGGGCAAAGCCCCCCACCCCCAGAAGCAGCUGCCCUGCAGUGGCUGGAGCAGUAGUGGUAGGACUCCUGGGAAGCACGUCCACGAGGCAGACAUGGAGGACGCACACAACCUGGUAGCCUUCUCAGCCAGCGUGAGUGUGGGCUCUCUGGCCCCCAACCCCGAGCCCCAGUCCUACACCGCCCAGCUGUAUGAGAAGUUUAACCAGGAGAUGGGCACUGCUGAGGGGGCCGCGGCUCAAGCCAGGCUCCAAGCCCCAGAGGGAGGGAACCAGGCUAGCCCCCCAGAGGACUUGAACACCCUGCAGACUGCCCUGCAGACUGCCCUGAGCCAGGCGAGGCACGGCCACAAGCCCCCCAACUGUGACUGUGAUGGGCCAGACUGCCCAGACUACCUGGAGUGGCUGGAAAAGAGGAUCAAACAGGCGGGGGCAGGGGAGGAGCAGGACAACAACACACCCUGUUCCAAGAUGACCGCCGACACGGUGCCUCAUCAACAGCCCCCACACUCACAACAGCUCCCUCACCCCCACCCCCAUCCUCACCCCCAUGUCAAUGGAGGUAACCCUCCCUCCUGUCCACCCCUUCACCCACAACAACAGGGCCAACACCCAGGCUUUGUCCCCUGCUCCCCUCAGGUCCUCUCCAUCGCCAAGGAGAAGAACGUAAGUCUGCAGACGGCCAUAGCCAUCGAGGCCCUGACCCAGCUGUCUGCCACCGCCCCCCAGACCAUGGUCCCUCCUGCCCAGGCCUCUUCCACAAGCCACCACCCCCAACAACCUCCUCUACACCUCCAGCACGGCAACCGCUUGCUCCCCUCCUCCCCCGGCCCCCUCUCCUCUUCGUCCUCCUCACGGUCACAAUCCGUCCCUCCUGGACUGUACCCCCAGCAGAGCCCCGUGUCGUGGGAGCAGCAGCACAGACCCCAGUCCCAGGGUCAUCCGGCCCACGCCUCCCCUCUCCCAUCCUCCACUUCGCCUUUCCCCGGGCAGACCCAGGCAGGCAGCCCCCACCCUCACCCUCAGCAGUGGCAAAAGCAGCAGGCCCCUGGGGGAACCCAAGAGCAGAGGAACCAGUGGAUGAUGAUGAACUCAGAUUCCCAGCAGUCUCACUUCGCCCCUCCAUCCGGUGGCCACAGCGUUGGUGACCCCAUGUCUGAGCUCAAACAGCUACUUGGGGACUCCAGCGGAAAGUACAUAAAUAGCCCCUUCAAACUGCCUAUCCUACACCACCACAUCAAGCAGGAACCAGGGAUGCCUCAGGUCAAGCAGGAGGUAGACUCCGGGGAGUACCAGAGCUCUGCCUGUGCCUACAUGGGCGGCCGCUACGGCUUGAUGAACGGCCAGCAGCAGCCUGGGUACCCUGGUCCACCUCUCUCCGCUGGCAGCACAGCCAUCCACUACUCCACCCAGACAGCCCUGCAGCAACACCUUCACCACAAGAGGAACCUCUUCUCUAACCCUCCCGGCCCCCCAGGCCUCUGCCCUCCGUGGCCCACCCAGGCCUGCCAGAACCUCCGCAAGUGGUGGCCCCAACAGAUGGGCCCCGAGGGCCACCUCAUCCCCGUGGCCAUCAAGCAGGAGCCCAAGGAGCCCAAGAGGAGGAAGAGCAUGGCGGGGACAUCUCCGCUCCUCAAGCAGCAACCGGGGAUGCUGCUCCAGCCAGGCCCCAAACCCAAGACGAUAGUCAUCAAGAAAACCAAGCAGAAGGCCUCCCUGCCAACCUUCCUGCCUCACAGCCAGAUCUCCAUACAGAAACCGUCUCCACUCACCAUGAUCGGAGCCCUGCCUCUGGCCAGCACCCAUCCAGGUUCUCUCCCUUUUUCUACCUUCCCCGUCCUCAGUAACCCCACUCAGGCUGCCGCUGGCCUCCCUGCCCCGGCCCAAACUCAGGUAUCCAUUUUAAACUCUUCUAUUGUACCCUCUGUCACUGCUCCUGCCUUCUCUGUAAACACUCCAGCCGUCUCAACCCCUCAGCCUCUCCCUGCAGCCCCGGACGCCCCGGCUAGCUCAGGGGAGGUCAGAGCCACACAGACCUCCACCACCUCUCAGUCCAUACCAGGCCUCAGCUCCCUAGACCCCAAGUUUGAGGAGCUGAUCCUCCAGUUCGAGGCAGAGUUUGGGGACAGCUCAUCCUCGGCCCCAGAGCCCUGCCCUCCUCAGAUCCAGCCCCAGGACCAGGCCCCCUCAGCCUCAGCCUCAGCCUCAGCCCAGCCCGUGGUGAUAGAGUCUCACCCCAACAUUAACUCAGGACAAGCCAGGCCCGCAUCACCAUCACCAUCCAGCACCACCACCACCCAGCCCUGCAGCCCUACUCCCUUAGCUUCUACCACAGCCCCACCAGCAGACCAGGUCAUGGAGGUGGACAAGGAGAAGGUGUCAGGGGGUGUGAGUGAAGCAUCCUCCACCUCCACCACACAGCCCUCCACUGAGAGCCCCAUGGAGGAGCAGCGCGAGGGGGCCCAGCUGCCUCUCUCCCUGCGCCAAGAGGUCCAUCUGGAGCAGCAGCAGCACAGCGUCCUUGAAGACCCCUUCACCAUGCCUCUCUCCCCCUCCGCGUCCCCGCUGCCCAAACGCAUGAAGAUCGAGACGAAUGGGAAGGUAGCUGUCCUCUCCACUACUGGAUUAUUCUCUGAGGGGGGCGAGGAUGACACCCCCACUAAGGACGGCUUCCCCCUCAACCCCUCCCUAAAAGGCUUCCUGGAGUCGCCGCUACGCUACCUGGACACGCCCACUAAAAGCCUGCUAGACACACCUGCCAAGGACCUCCAGGCUGAGUUCCCCACCUGCGACUGUGUCGAGCAAAUCCUGGAGAAGGAUGAGGGUCCGUACUACAAUCACCUGGGCUCUGGGCCCACUGUGGCCUCCAUACGAGAGCUGAUGGAGACCAGGUAUGGAGAGAAGGGAGAUGCUAUCCGUAUUGAGAAGGUGAUCUACACUGGCCGGGAAGGCAAGAGCUCUCAGGGAUGUCCCAUCGCCAAGUGGGUGAUUCGUCGGGGGAGUGAGAUAGAGAAGUUGCUGUGUCUGGUGCGUCCCCGGCCGGGUCACCACUGUCCCAACGCCAUCAUCAUCAUCCUCAUCAUGGCGUGGGAGGGCGUGCCCCGGGCGCUAGGCGACAAGCUCUACAAGGAGCUCGCCGCCACCCUCACCAAGUUCGGCAACCCCACUAGCCGCCGCUGUGGACUCAACGAUGAUCGUACGUGUGCGUGCCAAGGCAAGGACCCUGACAGCUGUGGAGCUUCCUUCUCCUUCGGCUGUUCCUGGAGCAUGUACUUCAACGGCUGCAAGUACGCCCGCAGCAAAAUACCACGCAAGUUCAGACUGGCAGGAGACCACCCCCAAGAGGAGGAUCAACUCAGGGAUAACUUCCAGGAUCUGGCCACUGAGGUGGCUCCCCUGUACAAGCAGCUGGCCCCACAGGCCUACAGUAACCAGUGUCAGAAUGAGACGAAAGCUCCAGACUGCAGGUUGGGUCUGAAGGAAGGCCGGCCGUUCUCCGGUGUCACCGCCUGCAUGGACUUCUGUGCCCACGCUCACAAGGACCAGCACAACCUCUACAACGGCUGCACUGUGGUGUGCACGCUGACUAAAGAGGACAACCGUACGGUGGGGGAGAUCCCAGAGGACGAGCAGCUCCACGUACUUCCCCUCUACAAGGCCGCCCUCACAGACGAGUUCGGCAGCGAGGAGGGCCAGCGCCAAAAGAUGCGCACAGGCGCCAUUCAGGUGCUCAACAACUUCCGCCGCGAGGUCCGCAAGCUGCCCGAGCGCGCCAAAUCCUGCCGCCAGCGCCGCCUGGACGCUAAGAACCGAGCCUCUGAGAAGAAGAAGGGCAAGCAGCAGCCGCCAACGUCCACGGAGACGCUGGAGAAAUCCGUGAUCAAGAUGGAGGUCCGGCAUGCUGGCUCCCCUGUCAGACAGCAUGGCAAUAAAGCGAUCCCUAAGCAGGAGGUGAAGCCCACCAUAAAGAAGGAGCCAGUGGACCAGCGCUUCCAGCCCUUCAACGGUCAGCUGGAGGGCUACCCUGCCCAGUCUGCCGACCCCUACCACGUCUACCCCUCCCACACUGGCUACUACGCACGGGGAGGCCUCCCUUCCAAUGGCCAGCCCCCUGCACUUCCACCUCCACCAGGCCCUGUCAACGGCUACCGCCCUAAUCUACCGUCAGCACUGCCCUAUGGCUACUACAACUACCCCCCCAACCCUAGCACACUUUUCCCCCAUGAGCUCACUUACGAGGGCCGCAAAGGCUCCUGGCACCACACGGGGCCCAAGUUUUCCCCCAGUCCUUUGGACAAGAAGCCAGACGUUCAGAGCCUCCAGGCCAGGCUGGCUCACACCUACUCGGGCCCAGGCCACCUCGAGCUGCAGCAGCAGCAUGGAGACCCAGCCAACCAACACCAACGCUGCGCUUACCCACACCCUCACCAACCUGACUACAACCAAUCACGUCCCUCCUCAGUCUCCUCAGAGCCCUCCCACAGAGGGACCCCCGUCAUCAAGCAGGAGCCCAUGGAUAUGCCAGUUUAUGAGGGGGGCAAUGCCCAGAGCUGUCCCGGCACCACCCCACAGCCUGGCGCUGCUGGAGGGCCCUGGCCUGGGCACAAGCCAAACGGCAGUAUGGUGCCCAGCAGCUGGGAAGGCAACCUCCAAUCCCCAGGCCCCCCGGAGGCUCCCUUCACUUCAGACAAGCAGCAGUUCCACCAGCAGGGACCUCACCAGACUUUCCAGUCCCCAUACCUCCAAGAGCAGUAUCAGCAUCCCCCACAACAGCCCUCCCCAUACUCCCAGCAGUGGAACUCUUACCCUGGCCCGAACACCCCCAUGGCCUCCCCUGCUCCCUCCCCGUCCCCCUCCAUAAAGGUACCCCCAUCCCCCUCUCCCUCCCCACACCCCGGCACCCCCCGCCACUGGGACAGCCCUGUUCCCAGCCCUCAGCCUUGGCCCAUAGGCAUGGUUCCUGCUGGUUACAGCCCCAGUCCCACCGGAGGCUUCCCCGACAAGAUGUGGUCCAAGGCGGGCGAGAGUUGGGGCUCGACCCCCUUAGGGCUCCAGGAGAAGGCCUGGAAGUCUUCCGGAGGCUCUAUGGCAAGUACACCGUCCCCGGCCCCAGAGGGACGCUUGUUCCCCGAUGCCCUACAGCAGUCGGCUGGACAGUCCCAGGCUGAGACCCCUCGCAACCUCGAAGAGGAAGAGAGGUGGUCGGACAGCGAGCAUAACUUCCUGGACCCCAGCAUCGGAGGGGUGGCGGUGGCGCCCGCCCACGGGUCCAUCCUGAUUGAGUGCGCCCGGCGCGAGCUGCACGCCACCACACCGCUCAAGAGGCCCGACCGCUCUCACCCCACCCGCAUCUCCCUGGUGUUCUACCAGCACAAGAACAUGAACCAGCCCUGCCACGGCCAGUUGCUCUGGGAGGCCAAGAUGAAGAUGCUGGCGGAGCGGGCUAGAGAGAGGCAGCAGGAGGCAGCUCUACUGGGGCUGCCCUACGACGACAUCAAACCUGGAAAGAAACGCAAGUUGGGGGCCACGGCAGCAGGGGCCAGCCCGGGGCCUGGCCAGACCACGGACAAGAGAGAGGGGCCGGUGACACGGCUGGCCCCCACCCAACACACCACCUCCACGGUCACUGUGUCCCCCUACGCCUUUACCACCCUCACCGGGCCCUACAGCCACUUUGUGUGAGGAUGGAUGGACAGAUGGACACAGACUGGUGGAGGGAGAGAGGGCUGAGCAGGCCAGGGAUGAGUGUCUCAGCCCCUCCUUUAGUCCUGUGUCUUUCUCCAUCCUUCUCUUCCUGCUCUGUUUCCUCACUCUGGCCCUCUGGGCUGGAAGGAGGGGGACUACUGGUUUGAUUCCUCUUUUUGUUUUGUUUGUUUUUUACCUCAUGUCAGGCAGCAGUUUGGGAUUCUGGACCAUACAGACACACUGCCUGUGGUGCUCUUCCUCUCUCCUCCGCGGGGGGACUCCAUCGCUUCUCCUUCUUCAUAGAAUUUUAAUGAUCCUCCUAAUUAUUACUAUUAUUAUCAAUAUUAUUACGAUUGCUAUUGUUACUGUCAAUGUUGUUAUUACAGGUAUUGUUAUUAUUAUGAUUAUGAAGAUGCUGAUUUGAUUAGUUUUUUGUUGAUAUGGUUGUUUUGUCAUUAAUGUUGUUAUUAAUGAUGUGAUCGGUUUUGUUUUUGUCUUUUACCGAGGGGUUCUGUCUCUCAGUCGAUCUUUAUUUUUUCCCAUAUUUCUGGAAAUCUGCUCAUUUCUUUGUUGUUUUUCUUUUGGCCGUUGACAUUUUUGUAACUGUACUUGGAGAAUGGCCUUUCUCAGCACGGCAAGGGUCCUCAAGACAGUCUUUCCAACAUAGAAAUAUAAACGUUUUAAUCAUUAAUCAUUACCAAAAGUGUGUCUCUGAACAAUCCGGUUUUUAGUAACGUCCCCAAAGUCAUGCCUUUUUUAAAUCCUGUCCUGUCUGCCUUGCUGUGAAGAGAAGGGUUCUUCUCUCUCCAUUUUUACUCUCACCCUACCGACCCGCCUCACUCUAUUGGUGCUUCAUGUUGAUCUUCAUCCCUUCCACAGGGAUGAUGUCAGUCUCUCCAUUUCUCUCCUCUUCAUGGCACUAGAUGCUGAAUAUAAGGAAGGGUGCUUUUAUAGCAUAGACGUAGAGUGAGUAGAACAACAGGCACUAGAAGUCCUCAUCAUCCUUCAGGUGUUGGUUGAGAGAUCUAUCCCUCCAGUUCUAUGGCUCCCCUGUAAGCCCCUGUAAAAUGGUGCACUGAUACACACAGACACAUGCACACACACAAAGCUCUUGUCAUCCAGCCAGCACAGAGCAAUGCCUUACUGCUUUAAACCACCGAAGCAUGGCCGCCAAAGUCUGGUCCUUCCAAUGACCACAGGCAGCACGGGCCACGCAAGGCCUUUACACUGAAACCGGAGACAUUGAUGGGAAUAGUGUGUGGACAGAAAUGCACUCCUAAACACACACUGGUGCUUUCUCUACACAUGUUGACACACAAAGGGCUCAGUCAGUGAGUCCUGCUUCUGCAUGGUGCGGUUAGUUGUUUUGAAGCAGAGCUAGGUUUGUCUCUAUGCACACAUUGUCACAACAGAGCCAGUAAAACCUUAUUCAUCAAUCAUGGCUGCCUCUGCAUUGGCCCUUAGUCAUCAAGUGUUGCAGUCAGUGGGUUGAACCCUAGCUGUCUCAAUCUAAAGUGCACCAUACUGGACUGGGCUACAAGGUUGUGAAUAUUUUUUCCACAUCUUGCACUAAGAUCCUCCUCAGCCUGUUAGAGAGGCCUCUCUCUCAGUGCAGCGCUGCAUGUUGUAUCCAGCUCUUAGAUUUGUGUGUGUGUGUGUGCGUGCGUGUGAGAACCAGAGCCUGCUUGGUGCUCACUUCUGAGAUGAAAAACCCUGGUGCUUAUGAAGUUGUCGAUAUAGAGCUCUCUAUACCUCAACAUUGCAGAGACACUGGUUAUGGUUGCAAAACGCUACGAACACACACACAGGCACCACUGAGGACAGAGGAACAUGAUAAACAUUAGUCCACAGCUUCCCUGUGUGCUCCCUUAUCUACACACUCAUUUUAAUCCACUUUUGUAUUCUUAUUUAUUACAUGAUAAUGAUUAUGAUUGUUUUUUUUAUUUUUUUUUUAUUUUUUAGCUAAUACAAAUUGUACAUACAGAAGAAAAGAUUUUAUAAAAGCACUUUUAAUCUUGAUUUUAAUGAGAAAGAAAAAUAACAGAUUAUUGACAACUUGAAGCUUCGUUUUUUAGGUUUGUGUUUUUUUGUGUGUUUUUUUGGGAGAGAUAAAAAAUGUAAAUAUUUAAAAUAUUUAGGUAAGAUUAUUUAACUGGUGAGGGAUAAUGACUAAAUCAUGAAUGAUUCCAGGCUUUUAAGUCCAGUCAGUUUGUCAGACAGCCUUUAGCAGCAGAAAGCAACACAGUGAUUUCCAAUGUGUUGUUGUGUCUGUAGAUGUAUACUCAAUACUGCUGUCUGGAUUUCAAGUACUGUACUACACGAUACCUCUGACAGCAACCAACCAGUCCCCCUUUGUGAGAAGAGAUUGACCUAAUCAGUAAUCAGGCCGCUUAUAAACCUGAGUAUGAUAUCUAGGUAUCCACUCUGAGAACCAAUGAGAAACAAAGGGCUCUGUAUUCAAUCUGUAUCGUGGAAAUUCAGUGGUAAAAGCCUAUUGAAAUUUAAAUGUAAUGUCCCCAUGUUGGAGGAGACGGCAUUCACGCUAAACGCUUCAUAUGUCGGCCCAAUCGGAAAUUACCUUUACAUUUCUAUUACGAAAUCUGUAACACUUCAACGAUAUGGAUUGAAUAGAGCCCAACGUAUUUUAGUUUUUUUAACACGAGAAUCAAACAGGUGCAGAAUCAAAGUCAUCAGAAAUGUGUGAGAGAACUCUAGUGACAGAGGUGAGGUGUAGCCCCAGCAAUCUAUCUUGUCCAUUGUGUUAGACUAUUAGGUGAGAGGUUGCCACCACCGUAACUCAUUUUUAAUGUGGUUGUUGGUUAUUAUUAUCAAUGAUAGUGAUUAUAACAGUAGUAAAGGAUGUAACCGUAAUGAAAAACCAUGACAACUUAACACUUGUAGUACCAGACUGAAGGUACAGUGCAUUACUGGAAGACACCAGAUAAUACCUGGUAGUUUAGUUUGUAAUAUUGUAUUUUGUUAAUUGUCAUAGAUUGUCACAGACAUGACCAACAGGACUUUGACUAACUUAGGGACUGGGGGAAAAUACGCCUGUUCCUUUGUCUCACAACUACUCAUGAUCCUGUUUCAAUUGCAUUCUAUUCUCACCGUUAGAACAAACUCCCCCUUUAAUAACAACAAUGCAUGAUUCACACACAGUUAUAAUGAUUCACUCAUAUUUAUGAUCUAUGUAAUAAUGGGUGCUGAUCAUAUAUUCUUCAGAUGAAUUUUGUAGAUUUCUAUGAUGGAAAUAACAGAAAAAUGCUCAAAGGAGGCUGGUGCUAUGGAGCCCCCCCCCCCCGGGGGAAUAGUGUGUGUGGGGGGGUUAUAUCAUUGAUAUUUUUUAGAGCUCUUAGAAUGAUAAGAGAAACUAUUUCUUUAAAUAUGUCAGUUUCAAUGGAUGGGGAACUGCUCCGGUGCUGAUCUCAUGGGAAUUUCCCAUUCAUGUUCAAGGCAGUGAAAAAAAAAAUAUUACAACUCUUGAAUUGAAGCACUCACACAGUUCAUACAUACACUUUUAUUAAUCCUCGUCCCCAUAAGGUACUUUUAACUGGUAUGGGGAUUGAAUUAUCAUAUUAUAUUGAAGUGAACAGACUGUUAUCUUAAUUGAAAACUUGUUGCAGUGUAUGUGCCGGACGCUAUUCUAUUAAACAUGACUGUUUUGGGUAUGCUGUACAUUUUAAUGGUGAGGGGAGAAUGUUAAAAUAUUGGAACAAUUGUGUACUCCCACCCUAUUUUUCUCCCUCACGCACUUCUUUUCGUACAUACUUAUACACUCAAUAACUGCUUACACAUCUCACAUAUUUUCUGACAUACUUUCUAUCUCUCUCUCCUUUUCUCCUUCCCCCCCCCCUCUCUCUCCCUGUCCCCCUGUCUGUCCCCCUCUCUCUUUCUCACAAACACACACACAAAUAUUAUCACGAUUUAUACCCCGCUCUCAGUUCUCAAGCUGGGCUCAAGCUUAAAUCCUGCCCCAAAUAAACAGAAAACAAACAAAACAUCACAACUGGCAGCUACAUUCCUUUUUGAGUUCAAAGAUUGUUCUUGGUUCUAUUUUUUCAUGUCAAGUAUGCAGUAUGUAAAAAAGUUGUUUUGUUUUUGUUCAGUCUCUCUUUGUAGCUGUAUGGUGUAUUAUGUGAAUACAUAGUGUAUGUGGUACAACCCACAAUAUUGUUUUAUGUUGCGCGAUAAAUAAAAAGCUAAAAAUGAAAAUCA